CUCGGCUCAGCUCUUGGACCUCCAUGGCAGACAUAAAUCGGGUUCGCAAGUCACGCUCUUCAUCAGCAGACCCUAACUCGAACGAAGAAAUACAAAUUUGGUCACAGCUCUGCCAGGCAUUGUGGAGUUUGAAGAACAAAAUAGAGGAGGCCGAACCUCAAGUGGCCAGAUACAAUAGAGUCAACCAGAAGAUCGCCUCCCGAGGACAAGAGGGUAAAGAAUUCAACGCAUCAGCAAAACUCAAAGUUUCUGGUGUAUAUGAGAAAACGAGUACUGGUCUCGAGGAAGAAAAAUCAGCCCUUGCCUUUGCUCUUCAGCACUUGGAAAUCUUGGCCGCAUUACGAGACGCAACAGAGAAUGGUACCGAAAAGCAAGAGCGGCGAAAGAAGCGGAAGGUAGAUGAGAAACCAAAGGGAUCCCCCGCUCCUGUAAAGAAAGCGAAAGCGGGAGGUGAUGGUGCGCCAGAGAGAAUAUUACCACUUGAGCAUCAGGUGGUUGUGCGUCCCAUGGGUGGUCAAGAUUGGCUGUUGGGAGUGGUGAAACGAUGGAUACCAGAAAAAGGAAAGUACGAAAUCGAAGACGCUGAAGAUGACGAGUUUGCUCCCGGAAAGCGAAAGCGGUUCCUUUUUACCCCGCGAGCUGUCCAUCCUAUUCCCACACCACAGGAUAUAGCAAAACGCCCUGUAUUCCAAAAGGGCCACGAGGUUCUAGCUCUGUUUCCUGGGACAAGUUGCUUCUAUCAGGCCAAGGUCGAGAGUCCAUCUAAUAAGGGAGGCGAUUAUAUGUUAAAGUUUGUAGAUGACGAUGAUCGAUCACGUCCGGUAGCCCCCACAUUCGUGCUAGAUAUGCCAAAAGAUGUGGAUGAAUAGCGACAAGCCGUCGAUGCGAUAACUCGCACGGGCAUUAUUGUAGUAGCAGUAAUAGCGACACCAAAAUUUUGUAUAUAUUACGAUCAGGAAAUAGAGCCUGUUAUCUGUUCCAAGCAAGAAACAAGUUUUCCAUUCAUUCUCUUUCA